AUGGCUUCUUUAAAAUUUACAUGUUGUGCUAUUUUGUUCAUAACUUUCUCUCAUUCUCUUCUAUUUCAAAGCCUUGCUAACAGCAAUAAUGAUACUUCUACAUUAGUUGUAGAUGCUGGUUCUGGGAAGCCAAUCUCCAAAUAUUUUUUCGGAGUAUUUUUUGAGGAAAUUAAUCAUGCUGGAGCUGGAGGGUUGUGGGCAGAACUUGUUGACAACAGAGGUUUUGAAGCUGGAGGCUCACCACUUCAUGAAAAUAUUUCUCCAUGGAAAAUAAUUGGAGAUAAAUCAAACAUUGAAGUCCAAAUUGAAGCUGCCUCAUUGUUUCCUAAGAAUAAAAUUGCUGUUAGAUUGGAUAUUCAUUGUCCUUAUCCUGCUAAAUGCCCUAAUGGUGUUGGUCUCUCUAACCCUGGUUUUUGGGGCAUGAAUAUUGAGAAAGGGAAGGAAUAUAGAGUUGUAUUCUAUCUUCGUGCCUUGGGACCAGUUAAUUUGAAAGUGGCUUUUACUGGAGCAGAUGGAAAAGAGUUGGCUUCAAAUAACAUCAAGGCUUUUGCAACUUAUGUUGUAACGUGGAAAAAGUUCGAGACUAUUCUGAAAGCUACAGCAUCGGAUGUUGAAGCAAGCCUUCAAUUGACAACGAACCAAAAAGGAGUUAUUUGGUUGGAUCAAGUCUCAGCGAUGCCUUUAGACACACACAAGGGACAUGGCUUCAGAAAAGACCUUUUUCAAAAGGUGGCUGAUUUGAAACCAACUUUUCUUAGAUUUCCUGGUGGUUGUUAUGUUGAAGGUAAUUAUUUGAGAAAUGCAUUUAGGUGGAAGGAAACCAUCGGACCAUGGGAGACGAGACCUGGUCAUUUUAAUGAUAUGUGGGGUUAUUGGGUUGAUGAUGGAUUUGGUUAUUUAGAAUUUCUUCAGUUAUCUGAGGACCUUGGUACUGCUCCGAUAUGGGUAUUUAACAAUGGUAUUAGUCAUCAUGAUCAAGUCAAUACUAGUAAUGUUGAUCCUAUGGUUCAGGAAGCUCUUGAUGGUAUUGAAUUUGCAAGAGGUCCUACAACAUCAAGAUGGGGUAAACUUAGAGCUUCUUUAGGUCAUCCCAAACCUUUUGAUUUACGAUAUGUUGCCAUUGGAAAUGAAGAUUGUGAAAAGGAAAAUUAUCAAGGAAACUACCUCAAAUUCUAUAGUGCUAUAAAGCGUGCAUAUCCAGAUAUGCAAAUCAUAUCAAAUUGUGAUGCUACCAAAAAACCCUUGAAGCAUUUGGCUGAGUUGUAUGACUAUCAUAUAUACACAAAUGCUAAGGAUAUAUUCUCAAUGUAUACCAAGUUCGAUAAUAUGCCACAUUCCGGCCCUAAGGCUUUUGUCAGUGAAUAUGCUGUUUGGAAGGAAGAUGCUGGAAAUGGAACUCUCUUAUCUGCAUUGGGUGAAGCUGCAUUCCUUAUGGGAUUAGAGAAGAAUAGUGAGGUUGUUGAAAUGGUUAGCUAUGCACCACUCUUUGUCAAUACAAAUGAUAAGAGGUGGCUACCCGAUGCUAUCGUGUUUGAUUCUCAUCAAAGUUAUGGAACUCCAAGCUAUUAUUUACAAAAGCUAUUCUCAGAAUCCAGUGGAGCAAUGUAUUUGAACUCAACACUUCAAGCUCCUCCUUCAGUUGUUGCAUCUGCAGUUACUUAUACAAGUUCAACAGACAAUAAAAGUUACAUCAGAGUAAAGGUUGUGAACUUCAACAACAAUCCUACAACUCUCAAGAUCACUUUCAAUGGUUUAGACUCAAGUGUGAAACUGUCUAAAGCAACAAAGACAGUGCUCACAUCUAGCAAUGUAAAGGACGAAAAUUCCUUUGAAGAGCCUACAAAGAUUGUACUGGUGCAAAGUCCGCUAGAGAAUGUUGGAAAAGAUACAACUGUCACGCUUCCUCCCAAUUCAAUCACAGCUUUCGAUUUUCCAAACUGAUGGGCC